AGUAUUUUCAAUUUUCGGUAGGUACCUAUAUAAAGUUUGUUUGAUGGCGAUUUUACUCAUUUCACUUGUCGUGGAUUGUUUUAAUGCGGCGAGUUUUGUCUAAUUUACAAAGUCAUAUAGUGAAAAUGGCAAAUCUUCCUCCGCGAAAGGUGUCUUCUUCGAGUAAAGCAAAACAAGAUGCUUCACCUCUUCAAAUACUUUUACAAAUGGGAUUUCCAAGACACCGGGCAUUAAAAGCACUGUCUGCGACAGGCAAUCGCAGUGUCCAAUUGGCGUCUGAUUGGCUUCUGACUCAUGUGAAUGAUGCCUAUAUUGAUUCAGAUGAGCCAAGGGAAUAUAUCUUCUAUGCCAGUCCUACUGGACCCUUGCUGAGCCAACUGCUGGAGUUCUGGGAUAAAUCUAAAGAAAUCUCUGGUUGGAAUGGAGCACACAAUUUCCCACCUCACAUUACUCUUGUUUCAUUCUUUAAGGCUCCAGAUGAAACUUCCCUGCAACUAGGAAAAGCAGUAAAACAUGUAGUGGAGAAGGUGGGAGAUCCUCCAAACUGUCCUUUGAAACUGGAGCCCUACGUGUCACAUAACUUUAUGGCACUUUUUGUGUCUGAAGAACAUGCAGAUUAUUUGAAGCGAAUAGCUGUACAGUAUGUUAAACAGGUCUCCUCAGUGCUGGGUGUUAUGGUGGAUACAUAUGAACAUCUGGAUGCGUUGGGAACUUGUUUCCCUUGGUGCACCAUGCCUCAAGAGAAGCCUAUCAAAUCGAUAAACUUGGAAGCGCAUGUGAAGUCCUUGCAUAUAACAUUGGCGUACCACUUCGAUGUUGCCGCGUAUGAUGCACUGAAGGCUUUGGUGGACGACAUGCAACCUUCUGACCACUCCAGCUGGGAACUGAGGCUGUACUCCAGAGAUCCAAGAUUUGCUAACCACCAGGUCCAUAAAGUGACUCAAGGUUACGCACCAAAAGCGAGCGAUGAGCUUGAACUAGUACUUGGCGACUAUAUUUAUAUCGAAGAGAAGGAAUUCGCUAAUACUUCUGAUGGCUGGGUGCAUGGCACAUCAUGGCUUACAGGCGUCAGUGGUUACUUGCCGGCCGUGUUCACCCGACGCACAGCGGAGUCUGACGCUUGGACACUUCAUCGAGCGAUAUCACUUGGAAACACUUCAGACUGUAAGUCGGAAUCUGAUUCUAAUACGGACGGCGAGAUGGCGAGCAGCUAUCCUCACGAAGACGCUGCUCAGCUGGGCCAUGAGAAGUCUGAGCAGACUUAUGAAGAAUGGAGCAAGUACUGGACUGCUGUCCAGACCGACAAGAGUGAUGGGAUCAUGGACGUAACUCAGGGUAUUUCAAUUGACUGGAAAAGCAAUAGCAGCAAGUUCGGGACAGACACCUAUGUUAAAACUGACGAGAAUCAUCGUCGUUGGAUCUUCGCGAUGCGCCACGGUGAGAGAGUAGACCUUACGUACGGACAAUGGGUGCCUUUCUGUUUCGACCAAAAUGGAUCCUACACUAGAAAAGAUUUGAAUUUACCCCUGAAAUUGGGGGAGAGGACUGGUGGGGCGGAUUCUUACAUGAAAGAUACUCCUUUGACGCGAGUGGGUCGUUUCCAAGCGCAACUAGUGGGCGAAGGCCUGCGAUUGGCUGGCAUACCCGUCAAGCACGUAUACGCAUCGGCCGCACUGCGAUGCGUUGAAACUGCCCACGCUUUCCUUGAAGGUCUUCAAGCUGAUCCUUCAGUGAAAAUCAAGGUGGACCCUGGUCUCUUUGAGUACAAGAUGUGGCACAUGGCCAAGGGAAUGGCACCGUUCAUGACUCCCAUGGAGAUGUACAAGGCAGGCCUGAACGUCGACCUGAGCUACAAGCCAUACGUCGACUUGGAUGUGAACACCACUGAGACCAUCGAAGAGUUCUACAAGCGGACUGAAAAAGUGAUGCAGUCUGCUGUUCGCGACACUGAAAAAUCCGGGGGCAACGUGAUCUUUGUUGGUCACGCGGCUACGCUGGACUUGAUGGCGGUGGCGCUUAAACUUCUCGAUGAGAAAAGAACAGACCACAAGCCCUACAAGAUACAUGAGAAUCUUCUGAGAGUGCCGUACUGUGCUCUUGGCGCGAUGAGGGACAACCCUUGGGAGGUCGUCUGCCCUCCUUGCCCUCCUUCCAUCAACUCAAGCUCAGGAAGGUUCAACUGGAAGAUGCUUUUAGAUGUGUAAGGAUAAAUGUGAACCUUGUGAUACCUGUAAUUAAUAUUAUUGUGAUUUAGGAAUUGCAUUUUGUCUACAUCUAGUUAAUAUGUUUGCUCUGGAAAUUGUGGGGUAUUUUUGUAUUAAUAAAGCGUUUUAUUCGAUCGAAUGUGACACUUUUUAGGAUAGAAUGUACUCGUGUGUACUAUAACUUUAGUGGGCAAUUUUUCCAAAGCCAACAUGUUAAUUUUAAUUGAAAUAUGCCUAUGGGAAUAGUAGAGAUUUUUUAAAGUGUGUUCUAAAUUUUGUUGUAGAUAGAAAUCUUUUGUAAAUUGAGUGUUUUAGCCAAUUACAGUUUUUUUUAUUAAAAUACCUAAAAUUACAAAUUCAAAUUAACAAAUGUCUCGUAGGUAUAUUUUAUUAGUAUUAAUUUUAAGAUUUUAUAAAUGUUUUAAUUUAUGUCGUUUUUAGUAUACCUUGUUAAGAGUAACGUUUUAUUUUUUACCUUACAACUCAUUUCUUGUACCUACUUACAUAUACCUAAUAUCAUGAAGCAAAUACAAAGAGAUUUCAUAACGGGAUUCACUACGGGGAGCGUGAGACGUUACAAACCACGUCCGAUACUCCAAAAAUGUUGUGAAACGUCCUCGCUUAUAACUUAUCUGCACCAAAGGGUGUAAGUAAUAAGUAAAAGUACUUAUAAUAUCAAUGGGCAGGGCCGAUCUCGCAUCACCUCUCUGUACUUGCUUCAUGUCUAAUACCUACAUAGUGCACUCUACAUGUAUAUAUUUGUAAUAAUAAGAUAUUUAAAAAGUAAGUGAAUGUGAUUCCUCCUCAUAUAAAUAACAGAACUAGGUACUUAUAAGUGUAAUUUAAAUGCAAAUUAAUUUUUAUUUUUUUCAAACUGCCAUAGAAAACUCGACCUUAUGCUAGCAAAAUAAUGUGGUUAUUGUUUCAACAAUAUGUGUGUGGUUCCUUGAAAGUAGUUAGUUUAUUAUAUAAAAGUAAAUUAUAUAAAGUACUUUUUAAAU